AUGCAAGGAGCUUGGGAGAAUGCCAUCCAUCCUCUGUGCAUUACAGUGUGUCUAGCUGGAGACUUAGAGCUACACUCUUCUUUGUUUUCCCUGUCAUUUGGUGUUCCGAAUGCCUUGCCUGAAGAAUAUUCGAGGGCCAACAAGGAGCUACGGAGGCUCGGAGAUUCAAUGGAUCUUAUAACGGAGUUGAGGACCAAACAGAAGAACAAGGCCAAAGCACUUAAAGUAUUGUGUGCAAAGUUAUAUGAGAGGGAAAGAACUAGUGGUUCACCACUGGGAAGAAUGGCCACAAUGGAGGAAGAGGAGCCUCCGACUUCAGCCGGUAUAGAAAAGAGUAACCAAGUGGUGGUUACAAGAGCCAGGCCACAGAGGGCUAACAAUAGGAAAGCUACAUAUGUUCUAAGCGAUGAUGAUUCUGAAGAUGCUGCUACUGCAGCUGUAGAUUUGGACAGUGAUGCAGCUGAAUAUUCAAUCAGUGAUGUUGCUGACGAUGACUCUGACUUCAAUUAA